AUGAAUGGCGAUCCCGCCAAUUCCGCGAACCAGCGGGUGGCUUCCCAUGCGUUCCGCAACGACUCCGCGCUGCAAGGCGCCACCAUCGCCUUCAACGACCGCACCCCGAAAGGUCCACCACCCCAUGUAAAGAGAAAACCGACCGCUGCGGCGGCAGCAGCAAUCGCAAGCACCGCCAACUGUCAUGCCGGACGCGAUCGCUCCGAGACAGGAUCAGAGGUCGGCCCAGAAGUGGGCUCCGUGAAGGACAAGAUUGGGAGAUUGACGGGCAAUUCGCUUUCCCCCCAGGCCGGAUACCGAAUCGCUGCCCGCCUUGCUGUGACGAGGUCCCCGUCGAGGGCCUCUGACACGUCCUCGACGGCCGCCAGACUCGGCGCAAUACGAAGUGCGAGCAGAAUGCAGUCACAACCCCCGACCGAAGAACGGCGCGAGGUGCGCUCGCCUAUCCCGAUACGACCGAUACACAACAGGCCCAGCCCCAUGGAUAGUCUGCUUCGGGAUGAUAAAACCGGCUCGGAUCGCGACAUUCCCACCUACACGCGCUCCCCAUCUCAGCGAUCCAGAGCUUCCGAAAGUUACCGUGAUAAUCGAUUUCCAAGUCCCCAACCCUCCGUUCGCUCUCAGCGCUCUCAGCAAUCAUGGGCACCGUCCGAGGAGCCGAAACCCAAGCUUCCUCCGCGAUCGACUCCCUCGCAAGGGUCAUUACGAAAACAUGCAUUCAGUGGAACGCCGUUGCGUCCCUCGACCCCAAGUCUGGCAUCGGUCUCGGGGCAAUCGCACAACAGCAGCUCCAGCGCUGUGGACGAGUUCAAUGGCAUGAGCGAGGAAGCACUCUCUAAUGCAAUUGUCGCCUCUUCCCUCGCAUCCACCCGGGCCUCUCCGGCGUCCAAGGUGCCACCGCCACCACCUCCACAGCGUCGGCGAACGCGGUCACUCCUACACUUACCCUAUUCACCCAAAAGCGAUCUGUCGAGAACGCCAAGCCCGCCCAAGGGAAUGCCCCAGACGCUACGCGGCAUGCCGAAACAUGAAGACGCCGACGCACAUCGGCGUCAUAAGAUGCAUCUUCUCCACAAACAUCCCCACAAGCACCACGAGGGAGACCGGAAACGAUGGCGACGAGAAGUUACCGAGAAGGAGCGCAAGCGCUACGAGGGCGUGUGGGCAUCCAACAAAGGGAUUCUUGUUCCUCGGUCUAUGGGUAGCAUCAGAUCACCGGUCCCUGCGUCAGACAUGGUCCUUAACCUAGUAGCGCGGGAGAUCUGGACCCGCAGCCGCCUGCCAUCCGCGGUGUUGGAGCAGGUGUGGGAUCUAGUUGAUCACCAAAACAUCGGGCUUCUGACCAAAGAAGAAUUCGUGGUUGGAAUGUGGUUGAUCGACCAGCAGUUGAAAGGUCACAAACUGCCGGUCAAGGUACCGGACAGUGUCUGGGAUAGCGUGCGGCAUGUCGCGGGCAUUAGGCUCCCCCUAGCCGGGAACAAGGGCGGGACCCACGCGUAA